GCACAAGGCCAAGCCUAGCACUUGGCUCUCCUGCCUCUGCCUUAGCUCUUCCUCCGCCACCACCGCCGCCACCCACCCGUCUCCUCCUCUUCCUCCGCUCUCCGCUCUCCGCUCUUAUCGGCGGGAGGUCUUCAGGCGGGCAGGUUCCCCUAGAUCCCAGGAGUCACUUAUCAAAUGGCUGACGGUGAGGAGAUCCAGCCCCUUGUCUGCGACAAUGGAACUGGCAUGGUCAAGGCCGGUUUCGCUGGGGAUGAUGCGCCAAGGGCCGUCUUCCCAAGUAUCGUUGGGCGCCCCCGCCACACUGGUGUGAUGGUGGGGAUGGGGCAGAAAGACGCCUAUGUUGGUGAUGAGGCUCAGUCCAAGAGGGGUAUCCUCACCUUGAAGUACCCUAUUGAGCAUGGUAUCGUCAGCAACUGGGACGACAUGGAGAAGAUUUGGCAUCACACCUUCUACAACGAGCUUCGUGUCGCCCCUGAGGAGCAUCCUGUGCUGCUGACUGAGGCACCCCUGAACCCCAAGGCUAACAGGGAGAAGAUGACCCAGAUCAUGUUUGAGACCUUCAAUGUUCCAGCCAUGUAUGUUGCCAUCCAGGCCGUGCUUUCCCUCUAUGCCAGUGGACGUACAACAGGUAUUGUCUUGGAUUCUGGUGAUGGUGUGAGCCAUACAGUGCCAAUCUAUGAGGGCUAUGCCCUUCCGCAUGCAAUCCUUCGUCUUGACCUCGCUGGGCGUGACCUAACUGACUGCUUGAUGAAGAUUCUUACUGAGAGAGGCUACUCCUUCACCACCACUGCUGAACGGGAAAUUGUAAGGGAUAUCAAGGAGAAGCUCGCAUAUGUGGCUCUUGACUACGAGCAGGAGCUGGAGAGUGCCAAGAGCAGCUCCUCCGUGGAGAAGAGCUAUGAGCUACCUGAUGGGCAGGUGAUCACCAUUGGGGCAGAGAGGUUCCGUUGCCCUGAAGUCCUUUUCCAGCCAUCUUUCAUUGGUAUGGAAGCUGCUGGAAUCCAUGAGACCACCUACAACUCUAUCAUGAAGUGUGAUGUGGAUAUCAGGAAGGACCUCUAUGGUAACAUUGUGCUUAGUGGUGGCUCAACCAUGUUCCCGGGUAUUGCUGACCGUAUGAGCAAGGAGAUCACUGCCCUUGCACCAAGCAGCAUGAAGAUUAAGGUGGUGGCACCGCCUGAGAGGAAGUACAGUGUCUGGAUUGGAGGGUCCAUCCUUGCCUCCCUUAGCACCUUCCAACAGAUGUGGAUCUCGAAGGGUGAGUAUGAUGAGUCUGGUCCAGCGAUUGUUCACAGGAAGUGCUUCUAAGCUACAAAUCCUCUGGAUCUUUCCACCAUUGUAUUCUGGCUGUUCUUUUCUCAAGUCCUUGCCAUGUAAGCUACUAUGUUUGAGAUUGUUGGGGUUCCAUGAGCUGUAUUGCUGGAUUUAUUUGUUGGAUCAAACUGUGUACCUCCUAGACUCGUAAUAUGUUCAGUGGGCUGCUAUAUUUGACCAGUGCUGAAUCAUAUAUUGCUUGUUUCAGUUUCUUUUCAUGCCAAGUUUGGUGCUAGUGGUAAAAGAGUGUCAAACUAUCUACCACAAUCUUUUGUAAGAGUUUUCGUGUGAGUCCCAAUUUCAUUUA